UUUUGUUGACACAUAUACUGUUUACAAACUGAUAAAAGCAAGUCUGUAAAUAAUACUGACGGUACUUGGUGUAGUGGUUUCCGCUGCUUAUUACGAACAAGCAGAAUCAUUGUGGCAAUUCUCAGUGGCGCAUGCGCUAAUAAUAAAACUAGAAAAUUCCAUUUUGUCGUAUGACACAAGCUCGCUGACAACGAAAUUUCGCGCUGACCCGCGAUAAAAAAUAUUGACGAAAACAGACAAAAACCAGGCUUAAAUCGAAAGUGAGUUCUACCAUACAGUGAUACUCAAAGAAAAACAAAGAUGGCGUGGAAUCAAGGCACAUACCCACCACCAGAUCCGAAUCAGUAUGGCUACGGACAGCAACCGCCCUACCCGGGUCCGUUCCCUCCGCCGGGGGGUUACCCAAGCGCACCACCGCCAGGCGCAGCAUACCCGGGUCAGACCUUUCCCGGCGGAUUUCCGGGGGCUGGCUUCCAUCCGCCGCCGCCGACGCAGGGCGGUAUGCCUUACGGACAGAUGCCGCCAAUGCAUAAUUACCAAUCCGGUUCGUCCGGAUACCAUUCUUUAGCACGUCACAAUAUGUACGGGACUAACUACACGGGCGGUGAAGACCCGGAAGUGAAGGGUUUUGACUUCACGGACAAAGCCAUUCGACGUGGGUUCAUCCGCAAGGUGUACUCCAUCCUCUUGCUGCAGCUCUCAGUAACUCUCGGCUUCAUAUGCCUCUUUGUCUACCACAAACCAACGCAAAAAUUCGUCGCCGGCCAUCCAGAGCUAUGGAUCGUCGCCAUUAUCGUGUUAAUUGUAUCGCUGAUCGCGCUCUCCUGCUGUGGAGAGUUGCGUCGCAAGACCCCAACUAACUACAUCAUGCUAACACUCUUUACAGUCGCUGAAAGCUUCUUCUUAGCUAUGACUGCCUCGCGCUACAAAUCUGAGGAGGUUGUUAUGGCCGUGGGCAUUACCGCCGCCGUCUGCCUCGCCCUGACGCUCUUCGCCUUCCAGACAAAGAUUGACUUUACUGUGAUGAGCGGUGCUCUAUUUAUUGCACUCGUCAUUCUCUUCAUUUUCGGUAUUGUCGCUAUGAUUUGGCACAACAAGAUUGUUUCGAUGGUGUACGCGUCGUUGGGCGCUUUACUCUUUUCCAUAUAUCUGGUGUACGAUACGCAGAUGAUGUUGGGCGGUAAUCACAAGUACUCGAUAUCGCCGGAGGAGUACAUCUUUGCGGCACUCAGCUUGUAUCUGGACGUGAUUAACAUCUUCAUGUACAUCUUGACCAUCAUCGGCGCGGCACGCGAUUAGGAUUAGGAGCGUGGAGUGUCUGAGCUGGAUAGCCUAUGACUGAUGCAUAUUUGGGUGAUGAUUUUCUGUACAGAUCCGGCUCGAAAAGGCUUUUCACCGUUACGAUACGUUCAUUUAUGUAAUAUUUUAUUCAUGAUAAAUAAUAAUAAUACCAGUGUCCACCUAAGAAGUUACACAACUAAGUAACAUGAUUACCGAAUUUAGUUUAAGUUUGUUUUUCAUAAAAUUAGUUUCUUUAUAUUUAACUUGCCGAGGGGUUCAGUAAUAUGGUUUUAGGAAGCGGGGCACAUAAAUAAUCGACACUAGAUAGCUAAAACUUGAGCAAAACACUAAUAAAUAUAUAUAUUGCAUUAGCUUUUAUAAAUGUUAAAAAGUAUUUUUGAAACGUAACUGUAUGAGAUGUAGUUUGUACUUACUAUAUUCUACAAUCAACAAUGUUGUGCACUAUAACAGCAGACAAUACUGUCGUUUAUUCAAUAACUAUGGUAACUAUCUAGGCAUAAAGCAGUCUUACAACAAAUGCUUUCAAAUAAGAGUACCGGUAGCCUAUAGUAAUUUAUAUGCAUGUUGCAACUCUUAUUUAUUUUAGGUUUAGGAUCUUUUCAUGUAAGAUGAAUAUAAUUGUUAUGUUGUUGUAGUUGUAUAUUCAAAUAAAUAACAGGAUAACUCUUUAACUUA